CGUUGCAAAUAUAACAAAAAGUUCAAAACGGGAUAGAACAGGUGCAGCGAUCAUGUGCAGCAUCCCUUACUGAGUUUUUUUUAAAGCAUUAUAGUGGCUCGAAUGAGUAGAGUUUUCAGUUGUUGGUUUUUUUCCCCCGUUUGCUGCAAAUUCUCUGUUUGCAGAGUGUUCCGGUUGCUUGGGGCAGAGAAGUGGAAAGAAACUCGAAUGGAGAGUGCAGGUGGUGGUAUGCAUGGUGAGCAGAGAGCGAGGCUAAGAACGGAGACACCACUGGAGGCACUUGGAGGUCCCAUGAAGACAACAAAGGCGUCCAUUCUGCCUGACACUGGAGACGUCCUGCUGCCAGGAGAUGACCCCUGUGUCCUGGCACGGCGCAGGCAGCAUUGCCGAUAUCAAGGUCAUAAUGAUGCCGAAGCACAGAGAGCGACUGAUUUGCAGCCAAUGCAACGCAAUGGAUUGUAUGGUUUGACAACUGGCAGUGCAAGAACUGGAUCGUGGUUUAUUUGGCACAGGCUUGAGGGUAUGUUGAGACAUCCGGAUGGGCCAGAGCAGAGGCGUCUAGGUGGUUCGGACGGGGACUGAAGGGAGGAGGAGGAGGAGGAGGAGGGGGGAUCGACAGACGGGCGAGCCGGGAGAAAGACAUGGGCCAGUGCGUCACCAAGUGCAAGAACCCGACAUCCUCGCUCGGCAGCAAGAGCGGCGACAAGGAGAGUGGCUCCAAGUCCCACAAGAAAAGCAGCUGCAUGGGUAGCGCCGGAGGCCACAAGGAAGAGCCCAGCGCCCCGUGCUCAAAAGCCGGCGGCGAGCUGUCCAAUGGCACCAAGGCCCUGGAGGCUUGCGUGGAGACGCCCAUCAUCUCGGCCUUGAUGGGAGAACCGCGUAAGGCGGACAGCCCGGACGGAGACGGGCUGUCCAUCAAGCACAUCGAGGAGCUGUUCUCCUGCUACAAGGACGAGCAGGAGGACGCCAUCUUGGAAGAAGGCAUGGAGAGGUUCUGCAACGACCUGUGCGUGGACCCGGCCGAGUUCCGCGUGCUUGUUCUCGCCUGGAAGUUCCAGGCGGCCACCAUGUGCAAGUUUACAAGGAAAGAGUUUGUGGAGGGCUGCAAGGCCAUUCAGGCGGACAGCCUCGAAGGCAUCUGCUCGCGCUUCCCCUGCAUGCUGCUGGAGGCCCAGGGUGAGGAGAACUUCAAGGACCUGUACCGCUUCACCUUCCAGUUUGGCCUGGAUGCCGACGAGGGCCAGCGCUCGCUGCAGCGCGACAUCGCCAUCGCACUGUGGCGCCUCGUCUUCACCCAGGACAUGCCCUCCAUCCUGGAGCACUGGCUGGACUUCCUGGCCGAGAACCCGCCGGGCAUCCGGGGCAUCUCCAGGGACACGUGGAACAUGUUCCUGAACUUCACGCAGGCCAUCGGACCCGACCUGAGCAACUACAGCGAGGACGAGGCCUGGCCCAGCCUCUUCGACACGUUUGUCGAGUGGGAGUUGGAGCGCAGGAAAAGAGAGGAGGAACGAGCGGCCACGGCGACGCACGGCGAGGGCACGCCGACUCGGACGGAGUGUUUGCUGAGCCUGGACGGGCUCGAAACGGAUGGCAGCAGAGGAUCACAAACGUGGGGGGGCCACUGACCAGAAAACACGAAACGUUCGGGAGAGGAACCUUGGCUUUGAAGUGAACCGUCGGGUGAACGUUCGUAGUAUCCUGUCGGGGUGGGAUUCCUGCUUUGCAGUUGUUUUUUUUUAAGCGUUCUUGAAAGGGCUCUGUGAACUGACAUUUUAAGCACUUCUAUUUAAGUUAUUGCUCUACUCCCCUUUUAUUUUAUUUUUUGUCUUUUUGUGAGACAUUUUUACUUGCACCGUAUCCGUUUGAAGGCUUUGUUCAAAAACAAAGAGCUAUAACAUUAUUAACCCCCAUUCCCUGGUUUAGAAAUCACAGCGGCGCCUUGAGAUACGAGGGAGAGAAUUGUAUUUUGUGUUCCAAACAUGGUCGCAGAAUACAUGAAACUUGUCAAGUCAAGCCAACAGUAUUUCUCGAGCACUUUCAAACAGCCAUCGCUGCAUACAAAGUGCUGUACACAUGGAGCGAUUUAACAUACACAAUAAACAGUAAGACGAAAUGGUAAUAAAGGCGGUAGAAAGCACCAAGCAGUAAAAUCAUGCCGAGUCGAACGCCAAAGAAUACAAGCGGGUUUUGAGGAGGGCUUUAAAGUUGGGCAGCGAGGAGGCUUGCCGAAUGUUCAGUGGGAGGUCAUUCCAGAGAGAGGGACCAGCAACAGAAAAGGCUCCAUCCCCUCUGAGCCUCAGUUGUAUCUCAAGGCACCACUGUAGUCAUUUGCAUCUGGUAACUGCUGAUUAAUUUAGUCAUUAAAAAAAAAAAAAAGGAAA